AUGGAUGUAAUUGAAAAGUUAUUACCGGAAAAAUAUCGAGCAAGAAAUGCUGUAGUGGAUAAUCUACAGAAGAAAAUAAACGCAUAUUGUUUGCAGGCUCAGAUGAAUAAUUCGGAGAAUAUUGGUGUAUUUGGAAUGCGGGUUGAACCACUUUCUAAUUGUGAAAAAGCUUUUUAUCUGCAGUCGUUUGCAGAAAAUACGAGGAUUGAUGCACGAAAAUGUGACGAGUUUCGAGAAGCUAAGGUUGUUGUUGGUUUAGAGUUUGGCAGUGCAUUAGCCAUGCUUGGAGAGACGAAGCAAGUUUUUUUUUUGCAGCAAAAAUUAGAAGUUUUGGCGCAAGUAAGCUGCUCAGUUGUAGAACCUUCGAGUGUGCGAGGUAAUAUGGGUAAAGUUGAAGUACAAGUUAACAUGUCGCCAAUGGCAUCUCCUGACUUUGAAGACGGCCGUCUUGGUUCAAAAGGUCUUCAAUUGAUACGAAUUUUAGAACUAUUAUACCGCGAUUGCGGAGUUCUUGAUUUGGAAUCACUUUGUUUGAGGAAAUUCAAGCAGGUUUGGCAGAUACGUGUUGAUGUUCAUAUUCUCUCUGCUGACGGAUCGUUAGUGGAUUGCGCAUGCAUCGCAUCCCUAGCAGCACUUGCUCAUUUUCGAAGGCCUGAUGUUUCUGUAUUACCUGAUUCCAUCCUUAUACACAGCAGUACAGACAAGCCACCGAUACCACUCAAUAUGUAUCACAUGCCGGUUUGUGUAACAUUUGGAAUCACUGCAGAUGGUUUACAUGUAACUGAUCCUACUGAUAAGGAAGAACAGUGUUUAAAAGGUACGCUUAUUGUGGCAGCGAACAAAAGACAUGAAAUUUGUGCUUUACAUCAAUCAGGAAAUUUUUCGCUCAGCGAACAUUUGAUCGUACAAUGUGUUAAUCGAGCGAUACAGAGAGCUCUUGAUAUAUCAGAUCUGAUAAAUUCAAUCAUCAUUGAUGACAAGUUUAAAAGAACGAAUCGUCAGAAAAUAAAAGGAUUUAUUGAACUUGCAAAGUUAGAUGUGCUGAUUUCGUAUCGGCAUGAACCUAACGAGCUUAUUGCUCCUGGAAUGGAGGUCGAUACUGUAACUAUACCUUUGGAAGAUAUAGAUGUAGGAACUACUGACGAUAUCGAAAUUCACUAUUCUGGUGAAAAGACAUUAGUUACUUUGAGCAGUAACGAAGAAACUACUUUAAUGGAGCAGGUGCAAAGUAUUGUAUCUAUGGAAGAAGCGCAAAAAGCGGAUCGAGAUAUGGAAGAAGUGGACGAGUUAUUACAAGGCAUUGCUGAAGAGUUCGAAUUUUCCAACUAA